UGUUUACUCCUUAGUCUGGCCAGAAACCUUAGCUGGGGCGGGAGUCUCAUUACACGUAACCAACCAGGCACAAGACGAGGCCGAGUUCAGGGAGAAGAAGAAACUGCCUGCUUUGGUCGGCCUCCAUGCUGGUCUCGCCCUGGGGGCAACAACUGAGAUAAGACCACUUGGGAUCUAAUUACCAGGCUGAGUGAGGGACUCACCUCAGAUAUCAUCAUCACAGGGUACAAACAAUGGCCCCGACCACUAUCACACUAGCCCCCCCUUAUGUCAAGACCUUUCGCAAGAAGCCCUAUCCGGCCGUCUCGCCCUCGCGACCGGAGCUCAGCCAGUCGGGCCGAACGGUCCUUGUCGCGGGCGCAUCCUCAGGGAUCGGCUUUGCCAUUGCUCGAGCCUUCGUCCAUGCUUCCGCAUCACACGUUAUCCUGACCGGCCGACGCGAGGCCGUCCUUGCCGAUGCCGUAUCCCGGCUCAAGACGGAGGCCAAGGACGGAACGACCAUCAGCGGCUUCGUAUCCGACGUGUCCGACCCUCGAGACUCGGAGAAGCUAUGGAGCGGCAUCGGCGCCCAGGGGAUCGUCGUCGACGUCCUCGUGCUCAACGCCAUGAACAUGGGUCAGGGUGGCCCGUUGCUGCAGGCAGAGCUCGGAGCCACCUGGAAGGCGUUCGAGACCAAUGUCCGCGGGUUUCUCGACUACGCGCAGCGGUUCAGUAAGCAAGGCGAGGGGCGGCCCAAGUUCCUCAUCAACGUCUCGACUAGUUGUAUCCACAACUGCACUACCGAAGGCAGUGGCAUCCCCACCUAUGCCCUGUCCAAGAAUGCAGGCACGCUGCUGAUGCAGCUCAUCGCCGACGACACCGACCCAGAGCACAUGCAGGUCGUCAGUUUCCACCCCGGGAGUAUCUUGUCCGACACGGUUCGGAGCGCCGGGUUCGACGAAACAUCCAAGGAUUGGGAUGACGUGAACCUUUCUGGCCAGUUUGCCGUGUUCUGCGCGAGCGAGGAAGCUAGGUUCCUCCAUGGCAGGUUCGUUCCGAUCUGGUGGGACGUGGAUGAGCUGAAGGCGGGCGAAGCUCGUGCCAGGAUGGAGUCUGAUUACCACUUUUUGAGGCUGGGGUUGGUUGGUGUUUAGGGACCUGUAGACUCCGAGCCUAGACGCUGACAGGCGUACCGUUGUGCGCGGUCGACGAAUUUUUGCCGGAGAUGCUCUCAACUCGUGUUCUAGAAUGGUACCCAAAUAAUUAUUUAGACGAAGAUACCUGGAUUUACCACCUGGG